AUGACAGAAAUUAGAAAGCUGGCCGACAACUUCCCCGAGGCCCCCGCGUAUCGUGAUGUCUUGGCUACCCUCGACUGGGACAACCUCGACAAGCCGAAUGAUGAUACUUUCAUUGAUGAGACUGUCACCGGUUUCGAAGCUCUGAAGGACCCGAACACAAACGUUCGCUCUUGGCUAGCCAGAUGGAGUGCUCUUGUCCAGGAAAGACUGAAGAGUUCCUCCGGAUCUGUGCCUGUGGGUGAAGACCCGAGCAUGACCGCUCAGGGCGUGUUCAAGUAUCUUCUUUAUGGAGCUGAAGUGGCCGACGUUGACCUCGAGAUGGCGACCCUAGUAAGCGCGGCGGUAGCGACAUCGGCUGUGAAAAAGACCCUACGUCUUCAUCGGAUAGCUGGGUUAGGCUCAGCGAAGACGCACGAGGACAGGGUGGUGUUUGUCUUAAAACGCCGUGAAGCUGCUGACAGGAAGAACGAGCGGCACGUUGAGGAUGUUCCAACCGAGAGACAAAAGUUGAGCAAGGUCAAGAACGACCCCCACAAGUUGCCCCUACAGGUGUCUUCGCCGUUUGAUGGUCCAUCCAACACCUUACCGUAUACGAUGUUCCGCACGGCACUGGUUACCGCCAUGAAAUUCUAUAAGCUGAACGAAGAUGAAAUGGUGGUUUAUCUUUUCAGAAACCUGUCCCCUGGCCUUGGUUUGGACAUAAUGACUGACAUCGGUGGAGCUGACGCCUCGUUGACAGCGAUUUGGUCCGCGUUGGAUAAGCGUUACUCUGCAUUAGACACACCUUCAGGAGUAGCCACGCGUUGGGAACGUCUAUAUAUGCGAUCCGGUGAGAACGUGAACGAUUUCUGUCGUCGUCUACGCAGUGAGGCACAACUCUUCCGUACGGUCACUGGGAUGAUCCUAACCCCAGAGCUGAUUGCCGCCAGAUUCUUGGGAGGCCUAAGAAGAGAACUAAGAACCAGCCUGGAGAGUGUAUACAUGCAUCGGCUGAGCUCACUCACGUUGGAGGAGGUAAGAGAAGCAGCUAUCUACAUUGAGAACAAGGACCGUCGUGGCUCUGUGGACCAGAAUGUCACCCGGAAGGACCACCCUAAGAGCACCACAACACAGGAGCGGUGUGUGGAGACCCCAGGAACGGCGGCGGGUAAAUCCUCUAGUUCGUGCGGAUACUGCUCAGACCACAAGAUUAAGGGCGCGGUCAAACAUACGCGAGAAACCUGUUGGAAGGACCCUGCUAACUCUGCUAUCGUCCCGGCCUGGUAUAAGCCUCGGCUGAAGGCUAAGACAGACGGUGUCGAUGACAAAGGAGAUGGUAAAAUCUUCUUCUCGAAAGGCUCUAGUUUGCGUCAUCUGAAGGCCAUUGCCGGAGGCACCAAUAUCCGACUCGUGGUAGAUACUGGUGCAGACUACACGAUCAUGUCCCGACAAGCGGCCAAAAGGUGUCGAGUGUCACAUCGCGAGCCUUUGGAAGACCCUAUUGUUAUCGGCUCUCUCAGCUCUUCAGCAUCUUUACGUCUGUCUGAAAGAGGACGACUCACCGCGUCAGUUCAAGGAGAAUCAGGGAAUCGCAGCACGGUGACACUGCAUGUAUAUCUGGUUGACGGUGAGCUCUUACACGAGUCUCUCCGCGAGGCGACUGUCUUACUUGGUGUUGGCACUCUAACGCGCAUGCGGGCCAGUAUCGAUGUGGGGCGCGAUGCUCUGACUGCCCACGAGUUGGGUGUUGUAUGGCCGUUGUUCCCUACGGGUGAGGAUGCUCGUGAAAAUGAUAUGCCUGUUAGCGCUGCUCCCUGCUCGGACGAGGAGUCGACGAGAGCUGAUCACGAUAACACCGCGGGCUUAUCAAUUCCAGACAAUGAAACCAUCCGUGACAGGCUCAAAACCUGGAAAUGGCCCCAGGUCUAUGUUGAAAUGAAGGCUACGGCGGUCCUACCAGCCAGGAGAGAUCCCUACCCAUGUAAGGAUAUAGAGCGCAAGGCCAUGCAAAUGCUGGUUGCUCAACUGGAGCGAGAUGGUUUUGUCAAAACUGUCACACUCGACGAGGUCAGGAUGGGACAUAUCUGGGUGGGUGCAGCGUUUAUUGUAGAGAAAACUCUGCAGAGCAACAACCCUCGAUUGGUGACUUGA